GGUGUUGAAGGAAACCCUCCGAGAACAGAGAAUUCAACUCAUAUAACCAUUAACUCAUCUCCACCAAGCUUCAACUACACUAAUACCAUUCUCCACCUAUUUUCAGAGCCAUGAGCAAAGCACCUCCAGAGAUGGAUAGAACUACAAGUCCCAUCUCUAGCAAAGCUCAUCAUCACCAUCUCAAACACCACCACCAUCGCACUCUCUCACCAUUCUCUUUCUACUCUCCCAAACUCUCUAUCUACAUCCUAGCCACCUGUGUCAUUCUCUUCAUUCUCUUCAAUAUUCAAUAUUCCCUCCAAACCCCACCAUCUAAUUCCCCAUUAUCAACCUCAUCAUGGUCUCUCAUGCAUCAAUGGCAGAGAGUCAUCAACACCACCACAACCACCCUAGCGUCUUCCUCCACCAACUGUACCAACGAGCUCAUAUCCUUGGCCGACAAGCUCCGCCACUCGGUAACAUUUCUCCCACUCAAAGAUCUACGAUACACACAAACCGCUCUUCAAGGCCACACCUGGUUCAUGAGCUCUAUGUAUGACACUCAUGAGGAAUAUGAGGUACAAUACCAACAAUUCCCUUCAGAAAACUCACAUGGCAGGCUUCUGUGCCUGAAAGGACGAGACAAGCAUGAUGGGUCUUGGAACUCCUACGCACUCGCAUGGCCAGACACUUUACCCUUUAAUGCCACCCUCAUGAAAGGCCUAACAUUUGUGUCAUACAAUCAUUACAACUAUGACAAUAUCUGGCAUGGUUUGUCAGCUAUGGUACCCUUUGUGGCAUGGCAUAACAAAAACAAAUGUGAAAUGCCCAAUAGGUGGGUUUUAUACCACUGGGGUGAGCUUAGGCUCAACAUGGGGUUGUGGUUAAAGACCUUAAUGGAGGCCACUUUUAAUGGGCCACCAUACAUUGAAGGAUUUGAAGGAGUACUUGGUGAUGAUGAGCCAGUUUGCUUUGAGAAAGCUGUGGUGAUGAGGCACAAUGAAGGAGGGAUGUCAAGGGAGAGAAGGAUGGAGGUGUAUGAUUUGAUGAGGUGCAAGGCUAGAAUGCACUGUAAUGUGAGCCUGGAGGGUAGGAUUAAUGCUGAGGUCAAUGAUAAAGGAGUGCCUGUGAUUGGGAUCACCAUGUUCAUGAGGACUGGUCCUAGAUCCUUCAGGAAUCAGACUGAAGUGAUUGGGAUCUUUGAGAGGGAGUGUGCUAAGGUGGACAGUUGCCGAGUUAUGGUGGCUUACUCCAACAAUCUCAGCUUCUGUGAGCAGGUGAAGCUGAUGAGCAUGACAGACAUUCUAGUAUCCCCUCACGGUGCCCAGUUAACCAACAUGUUCCUAAUGGACAGAAACAGCAGUGUGAUGGAGUUUUUCCCUAAAGGCUGGCUAAAACUUGCAGGCGUAGGCCAAUAUGUGUAUCAUUGGAUAGCUAGCUGGUCUGGGAUGAGACAUCAAGGUGCAUGGCGAGAUCCCAAUGGGGACAAAUGUCCCUACCCGGAAGACGAUCGCCGCUGCAUGUCCAUCUUCAAGAGUGGCAAAAUUGGACACAAUGAGACGUACUUUGGUGAGUGGGCUAGAAAUGUUUUGGCUGAAGUGAAGACUAGGAAGAUGGAAGAAGCCUCAAAGAAGAUCAGUUCUACUGAGUGUGCUUGUAGCUGAAUUGCAAUCUCAAGCGCAUUUCCUAUUCUAUAUACUUAUCUAUUUACGUAGAUUGUUCUACUUCAGGUUAUAAUUCCUCUUUUGUGCAGAACUGCAUCUAGAAUGAGAUAACUUUGAAAAAAAAAAAAAAAAAAAACCAUUUAACAAUAAGGUCAAAAUUGAAUUGUUCUUUCAUCAUUCCGGAUUUUUGUUCCAUGGUCCAUAACAAAGGAUGUUCAUGUGAUUCAUAUUCUGUACGUGCACCUCCACCUUCCUACGAGGCAACUCUUCAUUUGUAAAAUUAAUGAAGCACAUACAGAAUAUGAAUCACUUUUACUCCUUCUGUUUCUCUUCUACGCAGUGUUACUUCUCUUUCUA